AUGGCAUCCCUUGCCAUGACAAUUUGGCUUAUAGUAAAAAUGCUGCUAGCGACAUCUGCUAGCAGUACAAACUUCACUUUGGCUUGUAAACUGAUACUUACCAUGGCAGAUAUUCAGGUCUGUAUUUUCAUGAUUGGUAUAUAUAAUGAUAGAGAACCUACUGGGAUCUCAGCUCAACAUCUUAAAAAUUUUGUGAAAUUUUCGGGACUUCUGUUGGCAACAUUGUUUUCUUGGUACUUGGGAUACUUUCUCAGCGCUCUUGUACCUGAUGAGGUGCUAUCAGCAUCUAUCACUAAUCUUCAAGAUAUUGGAAAGAAACCAGUGAUAAGGGCCCCGGCACCGAAGAGGCAGAAGUGUGAUCACUGGUCUCCCUGCUCACCCGGGAGCUACGCCUAUCGAGUGCUCAGUGGUGGUGGCAAGGAAAAGCUGGCGAAAAUUUGUUUUGAGGAUGAGCUGCUCAUAAGUGAAGCAAAGGGUAAUGUUGGAAGAGGUAUAAACAUUGCCAUUGUGAAUU